CAUCCUGGAUUGUCGAGCCGACUGCGUCAUAAAUUAAAAGAUAAGUCGUUUCACGAUAUUUUUGUUGUAAUCGUUCAUUUUACUUUUCAAUUCAGUUUUCCUGACUUUUAUUCUAGAUUUCCUGCUGAAAUGGACAAAAAAAUGUAUGAUUUUUCCAACCCUAAUGAUGUUGCCGAAAUUAGAAAACUCCUCGAGGAUGAUGCUUCUGAUGAUCCAGAGCUGGUUGAGGAAAAUACCGGAGAGCAGCAAAAGCCAGAAGUGAUUACGUUUUACAAUACCACCAAAGGUGGAGUUGACACUGCUGAUCAAAUGUGUACGUUCAGUGUGAGCCGGAACACAAGACGCUGGCCAAUGGUCAUCUUCUUUGCCUGUCUGAACGUAGCCGGCAUAAAUUCUCAAGUAAUUUCGAUUGCUAAUAAACUGGAACCUCUAAAAAGGAGAAUCUUCCUCAAAACUUUGUCACAUCAACUUACGAUUGGACAACUAGCACGACGAAGUCUAAAUACAAGUGGAAUGCCGACUCACCUACAAUCCCGCUUGAAAAGGUUUUUACCACAAGAAAAACCUGAAAAUACGCCCACCUUACCCCCAAAAAGACGCAAAUGUGGCAUGUGCAUGGCUGAAACAGGAUUUAGAAGGAUGACAAAUUACGAAUGUAAAAAUUGUCUGCCUUAGCCACGUAAAUCCACUGUGCCAAGCCUGUUAUUCAGCUGCAGAUUUCGAAGAUUCAGCAUAGGUUUCUGCCCGCUACAGCGGCAAUGAAUGGUUGCGCCACAUCAGACUGUAUACUACAUUUUUUCCAGUAUUUUUUAAUAUUAUGAUACUUGGUUUGAUUAAUUUUUGAAAACUUGUACAAAAUUCGCAAUUUUGGUUGUUUUAGUUUAAGCUUUAUUAGAUUCAAUAAACUCGUUUGUUUCCAUCCGAUUUGGUGUAUUUGAUUUCUGUAAAUCCAAGCAAAGGCUGCCUUAAUGGUGUU